AUGAUCCCAGAGCACAUGAACCUGAAAAGUCGUGGGAUCAGUUCCCGUGAUCACCCUGAGGAUUUCUACCAAGUCUUAAUUCGGCCCGACUUCAAAGUGCACUCCUUACAUUUUCUUACAUUCGGGGAAAGUUCUUCCCAGCGGCCUGUCACCAUCCUGAAGGCUGGCAGCAGUUCAGUUGGACUCUUAGCCGCCAAUGCAGUUCCACCCACAUUUCCGAAAAACACCCUUCUGGAGCUCUCCGCUUUUGCCCCCGGGGCUCCUGAGAGCUACCGCCCCAAGAUGAAGCAAACAUCACUCAGAUCGGGGAAGGAACAAAUCUACACAGACAGCCAAAUCGAAGAUUUCCCCACUUUUGAACAGGCCUCUCCUCAGGGUCUCCUCUUUCCCAAAAUCCAGAUGAAGUUUCUCUUACUAAUGAGUCUUUAUCUGAUUGGAUAUGCCAGAGGAGCAUCAGGUCAGCCUGAUGAGUCUCCUGGCUCUAUGGCUCAUCAAGCUUCAGUUCAGCAACUUUCAGGUGAGUACUUUUCACUUGGAAACCCGUCAGAUGGUGAGGCUUUAUAUGAGACUGCUGCAGGUGAGAACACUUUAAGUGAGCACACUUCAGGUGAGCAUACUUCCGUUGAGCACGCUGCAGCUGAACAUUCUUCAACUGAGCAUACUUCAGGUGAGCACGCUUCAGGUGAACACACUUCAGGUGAACGUGCUACGGGUGAACACACUUCUGGUGAACAUGCUACAAGUGAGCACACUUCUGGUGAACAGCCUUCUGGUGAACAGCCUUCCGGUGAAAAGUCUUCAGGUGAACAGCCUUCCGGUGAACAGUCUUCUGGUGAAAAACCUUCAGCUGAACAAACUUCAGGUGAACAGGCUGUAGCUGAAAAGCCUUCAGGUGAACAGGCUGUAGCUGAAAGGCCAUCAGGUGAACAAGCUUCCAAUGAGAAGGCUUCCAGUGAACAGGCUUCAGCUGAACAAGCUUCAGCUGAACAGGCUUCAAGUGAACAGGCUUCAAGUGAAAAGCCACUGGGUGAACAGCCUUCAGGCAUUCCACCUUCAAGCACAUUUUCAGGUCCAAUAUUAAAUUGUCACACAUGCUCAUAUAUGAAUGAUCAAGGAAAAUGUCUUCGUGGAGAGGGAGUCUGCUCCACUCAGAAUUCCCAGCAGUGCAUGUUAAAGAAGAUCUUUGAAGGUGGAAAACUCCAAUUCAUGGUUCAGGGAUGUGAAAACAUGUGCCCAUCUAUGAAUCUCUUCUCCCAUGGAACCAGGAUGCAAAUUAUAUGUUGUCGGAACCAAUCUUUCUGCAACAAGAUCUAG